ACUUGCGGAAUUUGUCAACUUCGGGGACGAAUUUGUCGGGGGUUUAGGGCUAUUUUCCGAAAAGGGGAUGAGAAUUGGUCCCGGUGCCAUCACUUUCGAUGGCCAUUGAUAAAAAAAAAACAAAAAAAAAAACGAAUGUAACUUCAGCCCGGUCCUAGUUAUUUUUUGUUUUCCCGUUUAGGUUGGUACUACCCCAAAAGCGAAUGUCCUUAAAAAAAAAAGCGAAUGUAACUUCAGGCUGGUGUCAAUUGUAAUAGUAACUGCAUCAAUUUGAGAUAGCCAUGGAUAACUGUAUUGCCAUUGUUAAAAUUGAACCAAAACGAGAAGAAGAUAUAAAUUUAUACCUCGCAGAAGACAAGUUUGUAAGCAAUGUUGGUUUGACAACGAUAAAAGAAGAAUAUGAUGAGACUGCAUCUGGUGGAGCAGCUGGUAACUGUGAUUAUGCUACAACUAGUAAGAGAGUUUUAACAAAGCACUUUCUUAAACAUAAAUUUUAUAAAGAUUUGAAAUGUGACCUGUGUGAUUACACAACAAAUGUGAAGGUAUAUCUUAAAAAACAUCUUGUAAAACACACUACGGUUAACAAUUUUAAAUGUGAAAUUUGUGAUUAUGCGACAAAGCGGAAAGACAAUUUGAGACAACAUCUCUUGACACACAAUGUCUCAAAAAAGUUGAAAUGUAGCAUUUGUGAUUAUGCCACAAAUCUUAAAGGGCCUUUGAAACGACAUUUAUUAACGCACAAUGAUGCAAAAGACUUUAAAUGUGACAUUUGUGAUUAUGCAACAAGUGUAAAGGAUAAUCUUAAAAAACAUCUCGUGAAACACAAAAUGUGUAAAGAGUUCAAUUGUGAAACCUGUGAUUACGCGACAAAACGUAAAAACGAUUUGAAACGACAUCAUUUAACACACAAUCUCGGAAAAGAGUUCAAAUGUAGCAUUUGCGAUUAUGCGACAAAACGUAAAGACCAUUUGAAACAACAUGUAUUAUUACACAAUGUCGCAAAACAUUUUAAAUGUGACAUUUGUGAUUAUGAGACUAAACGUAAAGAAAAUUUGGCCCAACAUCUCUUAACGCACAAUGCCGCAAAAGAGUUCAAAUGUAACAUUUGUGGUUAUGCAACAAAACUUAAAGGGGCCUUGAAACGGCAUCUAUUAACGCACACUCUUGCAAAAGACUUUAAAUGUGACUUUUGUGAAUAUGCGACGAGUGUAAACGAUAAUCUUAGAAGACAUCUCGUAAAACACAAAAUGUGUAAAGAGUUCAAUUGUGAAUCCUGCGAUUACGCCACAAAACGUAAAGACGUUUUGAAGCGACAUCUUUUAUCACAUGUCCCAAAAAGUGUUUAAAUGUGACAUUUGUGAUUAUGAAUCUAUACUAAGCGGAAUGUUAGAUCACACAAAAACUAAUGUGAGACUAAAUUGAGAGUGUUUGGUGCGUAUUAUUUUUCUGUGAAUUUGGAAUUUAAAUAAAGUUUUUUGAAUCACUA